AUGGACGCCUUGCCCGGCCUCCUGGGCGUCCCGCAGGCCGAGGUGCUGGAGGACGUGCUGCGGGAGCAGUUCGGGCCGCUGCCCCAGCUGGCCGCCAUCUGCCGGCUCAAGCGGCUGCCCUCGGGCGGCUACUCGUCGACCGAGGACCUCCAGUUGGUGCUGGAGCGGCGGCGCGUGGCCAACGCCAAGGAGCGCGAGCGGAUAAAAAAUCUCAACCGAGGUUUUGCCAAAUUGAAGGCACUGGUGCCAUUUCUUCCCCAAAGUAGGAAGCCUAGCAAAGUUGAUAUUCUUAAAGGUGCAAUUGAAUACAUCCAAGUUCUCAAUGAUGUUUUGGAAGGAGCCAAAGACUGUGAGAAACAAGACCCAGAUCAUCAGAACUAUAGCAACAAUACUUCUGAACCACAGAUAUCCUUGGCUAGAGAGCUAUCGAGAAACAUCACCCAACAUGCCGGCUGUGCUGUGGGCUUGAAGAAUGAGGAGGAAGGGCCCUGGGCAGACGGUGGCCGUGGUGAGUUGGCAUACGCUUGCCGCCAGUGUGUGGUGUCUACUACUGGAGUUACCUCCCCAACCAGGAGUCUGGUAAAGUGCUUCUUCUUAAAUCACCAUGUAGAUGUUAAAAAACUCAAAGUGCAUCCCUUGAGGUGUGUGGUGUUUUCUGUGCUAAAACAUGAUGGAAACAAGGUCAUUUUGCAAAAGCGCCUAGGUGGCGAGGUGGAGUCUGCCAGUUUGGCAGAUCUGUUACUAAAAUGA